CUGUGGUUUCUGGAAUCAAACCUUCAUCUCAAGUUCCAUAUGCUGACAAUAUUAAAGGUAAGUCUAGACAUGCGUACCGUAAAUAAAAUAGUAAACCCCGUAUCUAUAAUAGACAAGCAAUGCAAUGUCAAGCAAUAAAUUUUGUGAUAAGCCGUCCUCUCUAUUAAGUGCUUCGUAUCUAAUAGAAACCCUUUUCCUAAGAAGGCUUUCAUUAAAUUUAAUUAAAAAUUUAUUACAGCAUAUAGGCGCUUACUACGCUUGUUAAAUCAUAAUAGAUCUAAACUUGGAGCGUAAAUGUAAUGGAAUGUACAGGCUGUGUAAGUAGAAUAGAAUUCGAAAGCAAAGUUGAAAAGAGCUGCGGGUAUGCGGGUACCAGCUGUGAGGAAGGUUUACCAUAUGAGAGGUCAGUGAGGAAGGUUUAAUGUGGAACACUCUACUGAACACUAACACCAUAAAACAAAUAAAUGAUACUUGACUAUAUAGGCAAGUUGAAGUUGGCAGGAUGCUGAUAUUGCGUUGGUAACUAUUGUGAUAGCAUCGAUACCAGAUGACUAUCACAUUAGAGAAUACGGAGGUGAAAACAAUAAAAAGUGGAAAAUAUUCAGAAUAAGAAGCUGAUUUUGAAUGGCAUAGUUAAUUUUAUAUGCUUUGCAAUUUGCGGAAAAGCCAUAAUUUACAUUAUUUUGAGAAAGUUUUCAAAACUUGAAUUUUUACCCAGAGGAAGGUUGCAAACUUUUUGCAACUCUUUUCGAAAGUUUCGUCAAUUAGUAAAGAAGAAUAAAACUGCCAUAUGUAGGAAUAAAUGUCCCUCUCUACUAGACGCCCUUAUCUAAUUAACGCUCCUUCUACGAAAAUUCGAUAAACGCUCUCAAGGCGUUUUCACGUCAUUUACCGUACCUCACCUACACCUCGCUUUCGUAAUACACCUUUUCGAUAAUUACGUCAUGAAUACGUUCUUGGCUGGGAGUCUCGCUCUCAUUGAAUCAAGACGGAAGGUGAUUGGCUCACGAUUCAUGAAAAUGAGGCUCCCGGGCCAAGAACGUAUUCGUGACGUAAUUAUCGAAUGAGGUGUAUAUAGAAAUUCCAUGUCUGGUGUCUUAUUGGCUUGUAAAACUCAUUCAUUACAACCAUACAAAUCAAACAUACAACCUCUCGCUUUCAGUUUGAUUUGUACAUCUGAAUAUCUGAUACAAUACGGCCGCUCGUGCUGUAUAUAUUACGCAUUCCUCGCAAAAUAAUUAAAAUUUUCUUUCAAAAGCCGAGGUGCCUUCAAUGCUGUAAAAGUUACAUUUUUAUUUUUUGACCUAUAUAGUUAUGCAGUAACACAGCUUCACAGUGGCACAGUUACAGUUUCACAGUCACACAGUUAGUUAACUAUAUUUUAACGUGAAACUCGACGAAGGGAGUAACGCAAACGUUGGUCAGAAAAGUAAUGUGUUAUCGCGUUCCAUUUUGUAUAUAGCUAUAGUUACACUACGUUACACGCAGUUACCUCUUUUCAAAACGUAACUAGUUACCGUUACAGUUACAUAAUUUAUUUAAAAUGUAGCGAUUGUUUAUAAUUUUGUUACUUGUAACGAAGUUACUUACAGCACUGGCUGCCUUUCCUAAUCAUUAAUUGGCUGAUCAAUAAUUGGUUAUAGUAUAACAUCGAGUUCUAAUUCAAUCCAAUUAAUUGCGUCAUUUUAUAAUUUUUCAUACAGUAAAAUGGACACCGUUAUCCCAGCCAAUGAAACAAAUUGACACUGGAAUUACAUCUUAUGUUUGGGCGACAGAUUCAAACAAUGACGUCUAUUAUUUGAACGGAAGCAGAUUUGAGCAAGUUCCAGGAAAGCUAAUGCAUGUCUCUUCUGGCGCGGCCGGUAUAUGGGGUGUGGAUCCGCAAAACGAGAUUUUCUUUCGUGAGGGAGUAGACCGAGAUCACCCAAUAGGGAGCGAAUGGGAAAAAAUUAAAGGGAAAUUAUUGAAAAUAGAUUCUGGACCUACGAAUAUCGUAUGUGGAAUAAGUUUGUCAUUUAAGACAUUCUGUAGAGAGGAAAUAACUUAUGCGAAUCCCACCGGUACGAAAUGGCAAAGAAUUCCUGGACGAAUGAAGUACAUUUCAUGCGGCGAUUAUGGUUGCUGGGCAGUAAAUAAAUACAAUAGUGUGUUUUUCACCUCCCAAGUAAAAAACUGGUCAACCAAGUGGAUAAAGAUAGGUUGUUAUCAUAUGGUUCAAAUCGAGGCUGGUCCAAAUGGUCAGGUUUGGGGACUGAAUGCUAAAAAUGAGCUGUUUGCCAGGAUUGGCGUAGAUCAGAGAUUCCCAUCCGGAUUUUUAUGGAAGAAAAUUGAAGCCAAAAAUCUCGUAUCAGUUUCGAUUGGUAAAAUGGGUAAAAUGUAUGGUGUUGAUGCCGGGAAUACAGUUCAUGUUGGAUCAAUAGUACAGGAAAAAUCACCAGGUUUGUUGAUUUUUCAGAUAUACAGUAUAAAUUUGAACAAGCUAAAUGAGCAAGCACAACUCAUAAUAUAUUUAAUGGUAAUUGUACCUUCAUGUACAAACAGGGUAGAAAUGUGCUAUUUUUUCAACAAGCGCUGUGGAGCUAUUUGGUGGUAACAGGGAAUUCGCAUGAAUAAGUGACUACUAUACAAUUGCGUUACAAAACCGUCUAAAACUGCAAUACUUUUUUCAUUGCAAUGUCAUAUUCCUGAACUCAACUUAUGCUCAGUAGCUACUUGAUAAAGCCCCCCACAAAUUUUAAUAAGGCUUUUGGUAGUAUGGUUGUCUCUAUAAUUUCCACAGUAUUUUCUGCACAUAAUAUAAUUGUACUGUUACAAAUAAAACCCCAAAUUUAUCUAAUUCUAAUAUAUUUAUAACAUUUUAUAUAGGUUCUCAUGUCAACAAGCUUGGGUCAGGUAACCACUUAUUGCUCUUCAUCUAACGGCCGAAAUUUGCUGUCAGUUGUUUGGAAGUGCCAGCUGUCUAGAGGUUUAGUUGCCAGUAGCCUAGUUGAAUAUAAGAGCGUGCAACAUACGGUAAUAGCCAUUCCGGGUGUUUAGUGCUAGCUGUUCGAUUAUAUAUCUUUUUAAACUGAACCUAUGGAAGCACGAGAUAAAUGCUAAUAGUUUUUAAUGCACGAAAUACAAUGCUGUCGGCAGCAAGUUGUUAUUGGGGGGUUGGGGUUCAACCAAGGAAGGUCUGGUACACUCCCCCUCGAAACAUGAAAACGCUGAAAAGCGUUUUCCGUGCUUCCUGACUCCUUAAAAGUUUUUGCAUUUAAAAAUUGAAGAUUUUGUGCUGCGCAAUCUUAUUCGCCAUUUUGAAAAACAUUCGCUCUGUACUGUACACAAUUACAAACAUGUAUGAAUUGGUUUUACUCCUACUGAUAAUGUGGAGUUAUAGCCUCCCCCCCAUACUUUCGACGUCCCUGUUUACUACUCGUGUACAGUAUAUAUGUAUAUUCAUAAUGGUGUUAUUUAAUGCUGUUUAUCGGCUUGAAUAACUUGAAUAAUAAACAUUUUAAAUACAUUACAUAAGUAAAAAUAAUGUUGGACUGGAUUGUGUAUAAAGAACAGUGAUAUUUCUAAAUCGCCGAAAAGACAAUGGAAUAUUUCCAUCACUGACUCGUCACUAAGUAACAUUAUUUAUGAGAACAGUUUGUUAUGUAAAUAACUCGUAUAUAUACGCGUGAAAUUGGUCGUCAGUCGUGGUUUUCUGCCCAUUGCUUAUCAAUUCCCCUGAGCCUUAUCCCCCUAACAUACAGACAAAUGUUGUCCAUACCGUAGUCUAUAAGACCAUUUAUGAUCAACACAUUAAUAAUACCUCUGAUAAUAUCAUUUUAGGUCGUGUUUUGAUGAACACCGCGAUUAAACGAUGUUUAGCACCAGAUUCACUUCCUGCUACAGAAGGAACUGGAGUUAUUCACACAUCUACAUGCAGUGAUUCCUCAGCACUUUUUAGAGUUCUUGAUAGUGGAGCUAUUCAGCACGUUCAAAGUGGUUUAUGUAUUCAUUUAUCUGGUAACGGAGAGUGUCUUCAAGAAAGAGAGCUCGCCGUUCUUAAACAAGGUGGGGCUUAAUUGUGUUUAUAACCAUGAAUAUAUUAUAGCUACCUGCCCAAUAUUGUUAGGAGCGCAUAAAAAAUUUCGUAAAACUAAUGAGCUCAUGAGCUCAUGCGUGAGAUCUGAAGGAAAGCCUGACACAAAUUCAACUACUCCCUAGUAGAUUAAUUAAUUUGCUAGAUAUAUGGGUCAAUAGGUUUAAUCGUGCUAUUUUAAACUCGUGUUAAAAACGCCGAUGAACCGCGCUUAGCGCAUGUCUGUGCUGCAUGCUUCUAUAUUUUGCCAGAUAAUAAUAUAAAGACGCUCGAUCUGUAUGCAAAUUGCCCAUUGAAAUAAAAGAUGCAUGCAGAGUUUUCAUCUAUUUUUUUUAUCUGUCUAUGUCCGUUCGCACUUUGACUUGAAUGUCGAUCAAUUCGGAUAAUUAUAAAAUAUAUACAAAUUAGUGCGAAAAAAGGAAGCAACUGCACAUGACCAGAGCGAUUCGCAUAUCAAAUUUUUUCCCGUUUCGUGAAAAGUAAUACUAAUUAAUAUGCAAGUCAAUGAAUAUAAACAUAAAUCGUUUAGACGUGCUAUAUCUACAAUAUUGUACGUAACUGUUAUUAUUUUUUAGACUUAACAUGAAAUGCUGCAGGGAACUUGAAAGCCUAGAAAGGCUUUUUGAACGUUCCUAGCCCACUUUUAUUAUGAAGUUUGCUUUUGUAAAUAAUCUAUUAGUAAUUAAUUUUGAGGGGAAAUUUAAAGGCCGUGAAACGAUCUUCGAUUUGUAACCAAGGUAAUAAAAAUCACAUAUCAGAAAAUUGCUCGUGAAACAGAAAUAAUUAAAUCAUUAUCAGUUUCGAUAUCGUACGGAGAUUGUGCAUAAUGCAGUAUGACAUUCGAAAGCCUACAUCAUGAUGCAUUAAGAAAAUAAGAAAUACGAAGCUAGGAGAUUUCCCAAUGAACUAAAUGACGGUAAAUAUAUCGCAAAGUAAUUGAUUUGUUAUGAAACAACGUUGUACUGUAUUUGUCAUUUUGAAAGUCGUUUUCAAAAUCUUUUAAUUAGAUUGUUCCAAUCCAAGAUAUUUUUUCAACUAUACUGGAAAAGGUUUUCGGAUUGGGCAGUAUUGUCUUCGUCCCUGGAGCUUCAGAAGACCUGACAGCACUACAUUAACCAUCUACAGUUAUGACAGUUGCAAUAUUCCUGAAACAACCUACGAAUUUGUAGAUAUUGUCAAAGGUAGGUGGUAGCAGGCUAACAUACAUCACUUACCUAGUUGAAUAGUGGAAUAUUCAUCUUCCACUUGUAUAUCGCAUUAUACCACUAAUACGCCAUGAGCAAAUAGGAAACCUAAUAGUGUUUUGGAAACAUUAUUUCCUAUCUGUCAUUUUUUUCGAAGUAAACAAACCAGGAAUUCAGGAAACAUUGUUUCGGUAACAAAAGUAACGUUAUUUUACAAGAUUGUACAAGACUGAUUGCUUUAAAAUUUGUUGGCAGGCAUCUAGCUUCAAGCUUUCAGGGCAGGUUUUGUUUUCGCAACAAUGUUUCUGAAGGUCUUCCAGGGGGAUGAGUGUUCUCGUGUUUCCUUUGUUUGCUUGUUCACCACAAAGAUUGUACCAUGUUCCCGUGUUCCCGGAGCUUACAAGUUCCCUUGUUCCCUAUGACCAUUUUUACUUUGUUUCCUUGGUUAAAUAUGCGGCAUUGUUCUCUUGUUUCUGAAGAAACUCCUAUAGGAGAUCCUCGUUUCAGGACUAGCAAACGUAAUAUUAUUUGCGAACACAUCAAGAUGUUCAAAAUUAUCUGCAACUCUUUGCCGGAGCGUUAUCCGGGUUCGUUUUAACUACUUUGUUGAACAAUCUUCAAGCAGCAAGAGUGCUAAUGGGACUCUAAAGGCGGGUUUCAAUUCGGUGCAAAAUGUCGCACGAACGAUUUUUUGCGAUUGUUUUCUUUUGAAAGGCUUGAAAUGUGUGCAGCCAACUGCAGCUAAUGAAGCGAUCGCAAAAAAUCAAUCGCGCAACAUUUUGCACUGAAUGGAAAUCCGAAUUAAGAUCCAUGCGAGGCACUCUCCUGUUUCAAUUCUUAGAUAUAAAAAGAUAAUAAUACACAAGUACAUAUACAUGAUGCCCCAAUUUACGUAAAUAUACACCAACUGCUUAUAAUUAACCAGUUUGUUUACAUCCAGUAAAACACCAAAUUGCAGCGGAUUAAAACUUAUUUUUAAUGUUAUUUUUUUCUGUGAUCUUUAAAGGGUGCGAUUUGCAGUGCCUCAGAUAUAUAAAAGAUGGAAAAGAAAAUACAAAUUCAUUCGCCGAAUUCUUUAAAAGAUCUGAAGCGGAAGUCAAAAUAUUAGCUUCUGAAUGUUCAAAGUUCAUUUCUACGUUGAAACAAGAAAUACCUGAAUUAUAUAAGGAUUUGCUUUCCACCUUCUUCCCUGUUGAUCCAAAAGUCGUUGAAAAUCUCGAAAUAUUGGUGAAUCAUUUUGGAAUGGAAAAAAUGAAGGCUUAUCCGUCAUUAUUUCUGGCUACUGCUUUCAUUAGAAGAAAUAUGGGUGUGAAUGCAAGUGAACCUGCUGUUUGUGGAGGUAUUAACCAAAUACCAUUAAAGAUUUACCCUUCUGCAUGGAAAGUACGUCACCUUGGUUAUAGAGCCUCGUUUCGGUAUUUGUGUCCGUAGUUAAAGCCUAACUUCUCUGCCGUGAGAACGAGGUUCUAUAGCCAAAGUGACUUGCAGUAUUCCGUUGCUUUGCAGACAAGUAUACAGUACAUGCAAUUAUGCAAGCUUCUCUUGUUUAGUGGACUUUUUGUUUGUACUGCCAAGAAUUACUCCCAAGUUGACAAAUUCCCCCACACUACAAGUCAUUAUUACUAAAGUUUGUCAUCUAGUAUUGACGAGCUAGUGUUUCACAUACUUCAUGGUCAGUCUUAGGAUAAUGGAAAACCUAUUUCUAAAGAACUUGCAUGACGUUUUACAGGAAAUGAGGCAUGUCAAGGGAAACGUGUCACGUUUCGGCGUAUGGAAAAUUCAUGUUUCUUUAUACUGUCAGUAUAAUUAUGCGCAUUUCGAUACAAUUACAAAUCUACAGCGAUAGAAAGGAACGUUAUCCCCUCACUCAUGAAACUUUUAUUGCGUGUCUAGUAAAUAUAGAUUUCUUGAUGAAGUGCAGUCCAGUAUGGUAUUUUCGUACGCGUUUAUAAUGAGGUUAUAAAGCGAACCAUAGGCCGCCCAGCAAAUAUACCUGGUAUCCUUUGUUUUUCUGAUUUGUUAUCCAGCCGAAAUAUAGCGAAUGAUAAAAUAACGAGUCUCGUACGUCAUCACGUGCGUGUAUCGUUUGGUUGGACGAAAUGGUUUUUCUUCGGUAUGAGAAAAUUGUCAGUUUCGCUUUAAUUUCCUGAUUCCCUGGCUUAUAUGCAUUGUGAAGUAAGACUCUGUAUAUCUAUAUAUUUUUAUAAAAUUUUUAGCAUAGAUUAGUUUACCGCUUGAUCCACUUAAGAGUGUUACCAACGGUAUAGUAGAUUUUGAGGAUAGGCAACCCUAUAUUAUAUAACCUUCUUGGAGAUCACGACAGGCACCCAAUCUUUAUCCUAUUGAACACUCCUUCAGGAACCAAACACAUGCACUUAUAGUAAAUAUUAUCAUUAUAGAGAUUGAAUUGAAAAAUUAUUUUUAUCUUGCUCAUGCUUUGAGAACGAGAUUUUUUAAAUGUCCUAUUAAUAGAGAAAACCUUGCAUUAUAGGUACUGGAAUCCAUAUUGGAGGAGAGCCCGCAAUUGACGAAGAAGAUGCAGAAUACAAGCUAAGUUUAAGUAAGAGUGAAUUGGCUUCAUUUUUAGACGACGAAGACUAUCGAGCACAGCAAGCAAUUGACAAGGAAAAAGAGGAAGACGAGAAAUCUGUAAGUAUUAGCGAGAAAUUCUGCAUUCAAAAUGCCUAAAAGAAAUAAUUUUCAUUAGAAUAUACUCGGGAGGUGGGUAAUACUUUUCAAGCAAUUUGAUUGGUUGCUCAGCUCCAGACAUACCUUACACUAUUCACCUCCGAACAAAAACAAAAUGGCUUCCCGUUUCGUUCCGGUUACAGACGAGCAAAUUUUUUACAUUUUCUGCAAAUUUACAGACGAGCAAAUUUUUGACGAGCAAAUUUUGAUUAAAUUUUUAAUGAAUAAAAUUACUAAAAGCUUGUAAACACUGUUUUGUUUACAACCUCGUUACACCUAUUACGGGAGCUGAAUAACAAAUAGCUAAUUCCAAAAUAUUUUCGUUGUUUUUUAGUCAUUUUUGUUUUAUAAUUGUGGUAUAUGCUAAAACAAUCAUUCACCUCAGUGUUGGUGAAUAGUGCAUGCAAAGAUAUUCGCCUCUGGUGAAUAUCCUUGCACUAUUCACCUCCACUUCGGUCAAUAAUUGUUAAUUAUUAGUUUAUUUCUAUCAGGAAGAGUCAAAUAAAACAUUUAUAGCAAGAUAAAAGCUGAAGGCAAAAAGAACAAACUAUAUAAAAUGAAAGUAAACGUACGUUGUGAAUACUUAUCAUGAGUUCCUCAGAUCAAAAUGUUUCAACUAAAAGAGCAGUCACAAGGUACGUUCGUGCUUCUGCACUGCUUUAAAAAGAACCGGUAACACAGGUCGUACAGCAAGAAAGGAAUGGACUGGAAACGGCAGUGCAAAAACCUGUCGUCAGUCACAGCAUUUGUGAUUAUGCCAUGCACUCUAUCAAAUCUAAUCCCGGAACGUAAGAGGAAUUUGACGUUUUUCAAUGAAAAAAGAGACGAAUUUGAGCUGAUAGCCGAUGAGGCGCAUAGCGCCAAAUCGGCUAUCGCUCAUAGCCUCAUAUUCGAUGAGAAUGAGAGGAAUAACUGUUAUUAUAUACACAUGGUCUGACUAUUCACAGACUUUGCUUUAUACGGACAUUUUCAAUAUUUUUCUAUUUUGUUUGUUUUUAUAUUCACUCUUUCGGCCGAUUUUUGUUCCAAAAUAUACAUUUUUAACCAUUUUAAAUUUUAUAAAUUCAUUUCCUAACCUGUAAACAAUUUGUGGGAUUUUUUGUAUUGUGUUUUUAAUCCUGAAAAGGCUAUAAAAAGCGAACAACGUGCCGUUUUCUCGUUCGCAAAACGUCGGAAAUUCAGUUUGUGCCGCCAUUUUCUCGACUAGAAGGAUAUGAGCUAAUAUCCUGCUAGUAGAGAACCAAUCAGAUUGUAGAAUACCUCAUACCCAGACAUAUAAUAAUAAGUGUAUAUAAUAAUAAGUUUUAGCUGUCUAUUUUUAAAAUUGUUUGGCAACAAAGCACGUUGAAUUCUGUUGGUGGAAGAAACGCUAAACGUCUGUAGACUGUAGUGUUGUUGAAGAUAUGUCCACUCAAAAUAACCGGCCAUAACUCUCAAUUCGUUAUGUAAUUGUUUUAAUUUCGAUAACAGAUUUCGGAAACUAUCGUCACAUAUGUAUGUCGUUCAUAUUAUACACUUGGAAAAAUAGUUGGCGGAUUGGGGCGACCUACUUAAAAGCCUGGCAGAUUUUAUCAACAAUUGGUUAACUCGUCUUAAAAAUCGCGCAAAUGCUGAAAAAGAAGGCGAGCAUUUUACCCCUCUUCGCUCCCCGCUCCCCCCUCCCUCAGCAACAAAGUUGCUACGACAGGAUUAUUAAUUUAUUGCUGCGCGGUUUUCUGUUUUGAAAACAAUUUUAGUGUGAUGCUUGGCCUUACGUGUAGGUAGGGAAGCCAUUAAAAUUCCCUUCGUUUCAGUACAAGUGAAGUAUUUUUCAAUUUUACAAAGAGAUUUUGAAUUUUAUAGAUCAUAAAACAAAUGUAGCAGCUCAAGAUUUUAUUAAGGAUACAAAUUAAUUUUAAUUUUUCAAAUUCACAACAUCUAUAAAUUAUGGAUGUAAAAUGAAUUAAAUGAGAACAACAGAAAAAUUAAAUGCUUUAAUUUUCAUGUUUUUAUAUGAAGACUUAAUUCGAAUUCGCCUUGACGGAUAAAUACAACGAUAACUAACUAGAUAAAAAUUUAAAUAAUAUCAUUUCAACCAACUCCUUUAGGGCAUAAACACGAAAGAUGAAGUAAGUGCAGUACAACAACUGAUUGAUCACUUGGAAGGAAAAUACUACUAUAAAUUUUGGACUCCCGAAAGCUUGAAACCUGUAAUGGAUUUAUGUGGGGUAGAUGGUGAAAGUGAAAUAAAAUUUCCUCCCCGUGGUGAUGGUAUGUCUGGCAUUGAAUAUUUAGAGUAUUAUUUCUCAAGAGAUCCAGCAUUACUUCCUGACGAAAAUUUGAAAUUUCCAUGGCCACUUGCCCUUGCUUUAAAUAUCCAGACCUCCGUCCGACAGUGCAACUGGAUUUGGCGUCGUCUGGAAAAUGGGGAAAGGACAGUUCGUUAUAGCAAGUACGUAUUUAGCGCUGCUUAUACCGCCUAGUGCAUGUGCAUUAUAUAAAAUUCGAUGGAAACUGAGUGGAAAUGCUUGUGUGUAUGACUGCGUAAUAUAAAAUAUAAUGCAGAAAACCCUGCAUCCAGAACAAUGAAAUAACCCUUAUAAAUUCCCCACACCACCCUAAAUGGUUAAAUUUCUGUGCAAUAUCUACCAUGCAGCCAGCAUAAAACAUAUUCUUCUGAUACCUGUACCUUCUUUGCUUCAUAUUCGAUCGUUCUCGUCAUGCUUUUUUCCUUUUUUCUGCAUACGUCAGUACAGCAGCACCGUUUUCAGCCUAGUUUUGUAAAUUAUGCGUUCAGCGUUUUUAAAAUUUCCCAACAUAAUUUACCAAUUUCUACUAACUUCAUGACGUCUAGAAUUGUCUCUAAUAUUUCAGGUAUACCUUCGAUUAUGAUAAAAACAAUGUCAAAUGCAAAGCAAGUGAUUGGAACCCAUGCUCAGUACCUCGUAUUAUUGAAGAUGGUGGCGUUUGUGGAAGACAGUCAACUUUAGCUCGAGUUACAAACCAUUGUCUUGGGAUUGCCUCAGGCGGAAUAAAACAACCUGGUCAUGCAGCUGGAUACAGUUACACCAAAUCUAGCAGCAGUUACCAAUUUCAAGUAUUUCAGGGAAUAACCAGUAUAAUGAAUACCUAUGCAGUAUGGGACUUGGUUGAUAACCAACAUUUUCCUGAACCAAAAUUGAAUGCUGAAUAUCAUAAAGGACUCGCUAAUGCAAUGAACCAUGGGUAUGAAUCGUAUCGUAAUGGUCGUAUCGCAUUGUUGAUAUUCUCUCGUAUUUACGAUGCUGAACUACGUCAGAACUCGCGUCAUCUGCUGGUCCAGGCCUUAGAAGGAAACCCACACAUGAUGGAUAUCUGGAUGAAGUUAAUCCAUGACAUCACCGGAAAUAGUGCAUUGCCUAUUGAACGAGAGAACGUAUUUACAAGAAUUCCUGAAAAAUGUCCCACAAACUUUCACAAUUCUCUUAGAAACAGGCUUAUAGUUAUUAUAAACAAACACUUAAACAAAUAUAUGCAAAUGUAUGUUGAAGUUUUAUUUCGUCUCAUUUCACCACCGAGCUGUUGCUCCAAGGGCCAACCUAAGUAUUUAAAUAUUCUCAGAUCUGCUUUGAGCAAUGAACAAAGGGAACUUGUAAAAGAAUAUCUAUUCGAUGGUUAUGUUUCCUGCGCUUCGAAAUCGGCGAGUAUACGUGAAGUCGUCAAAACUAUACAAGAAACAAUUGUAUCCAAGGCCGCACUGUUAGAACUAGAUGUCUUAUCGGAACUCCUUCACACCAUCCAAUCGAUUGCGUCUAGAGAGGAUGCAAAAGUUGAAGAAAAUAAGAAAAUCUUGAUUGAUUUCUUUACAGUCGUUUGUGACGUAUUUUCAAGAAUCCACGUGACUGCAUCAGCUUGGGUCAUUGGUGCCCACUACCGCGCGUGUGUGGAAAUGCAAUUAGAAUUCCUGAAUAACCACACUGAAGGAUCAUUGUUUCAAACCGUGUUUGUUGCAUGGACCAAGCUUCAGGACAAUUCUACUAAGCCGACAAGGACCUGGAACGAAUACUAUUUGAAAAACUGGCUGUAUGGACGAACUGGAGAUAUCAUUCCUCUACUGGUGGGAGUAAAAGAAAGUGUUGAUGGAGGAUUGAUACGUGAAAUAAAAGGUAAAUCGUGUAAUAUGCUAUAUCUUCUGUCACUCUGAUAUCUUGAUUAAUAAUUGUGAUUAAUUCAGUAUUCUUGUAUCGUCUUGUAAAAAAAUGUGAUAAUAUAGUUACAAUAAUUGGUCAUCGAGUAAUAUUUUGUAAAAACACGAGCUUUUGAAAGACUGUUAAAAUUGCAAGGAUCCGAAGAACGAGUUCAAAAUGAGUCUUGAAACUGCUUUUUGUUAAAUUAAACAACAUGACUGAACACAAUCAACACAUUAACAAGAAAACAUUGUUUGCCUAAAAUAAUAUUUCCAGAAACAUGUAAAAAUGAAUUGCACCAAAACAAAAUACAUUUCAGGUUGGUACUAUAUUACAAUAAAAUUCCACUCGUUAUGCCAAUCAGAAUUGAGAAACUUCAUGCAAUUGAAUUGUAGCAAGCCAGUCGGUAAAUAGUUUCAAAAUUUAUCACGCGUCUCCUUGAUUGGGAUUGGUAGUACAUUGAAAACAAAAUAGUAUUGACUUAUCAUUGUGUAGGACAAAAUCUGGAAUACUUUAUAUUUUAUUAAAUUAAUCACCUUCGCAUACAUAAUACUAUAUACUGUUAGCCUAUUACAUACAUUGUAUAUACAGUAUAAUAAUAAAAUGCCGGGAAAAUAUAAACCAUUUUCAAAUAAACGAUUGUCGAGAAAUGAAUAAAUUUGUCAACAAAAUUUAAAUCAUCCGAAAACUUGACGUUUGUGUUUUAUUAUUUUAGUGAACAUUGCGAAAAAUAAGACAACUGCUCUAUCUUCCACUUGGAAAGACGAGACAACUAGUGAACGCGCUGUAGAUGGUAAUACUGAUAAUUUGAUUGCUGGUGAGUCAUGCGCAGUUACAGGAAGACAAAAUAAUCCUUGGUUUCAACUGGACUUACAGAAAUCUACAGAGGUGAAUAAAAAUAGUAAUAAUUCAGGAUACGUUAAUUACACGUUAAUUGCCCGGUUUCAGGUUUACGUUGAGUGUUUUAGGGGCCCCGAGUGCUUUCAGGGGAUCCUGGAGCCCCUAUGACGUCAUAAUUUUAAAACCGCAGAAACCGCGUUUAGUAGUUUCUUCAAACGGAAAUAAAGCUACUCAGAAAACAAUUUUAAUUGAUAAUUCUUUACGGCAAACCUUCCACUGAUGUAGUUCAGAUAAAUUACGGAUGCUCAUAGCUUACUCUACAGGAGUUUGCGAGUCAAUAGUUUUGUGUUUUAUUUUUGUAAUCGAAAUUAACGUUCAUGAUUUGUGUACUGCUUAUGGAAUACUGGUUAUAGUGUUGCACAACGUACGUGAUAUACAAAUUAUAGUAAGGAAACAUUUAGAAUAUAUCGUCCCAGAUUUAUAGCCCUGGAUUUUUAUCUAAUGUAUGCCCAUUGGCCAUUACAUUUUAAAUUGUAUCAUGAUACCAUUUGUUAAUACAUCAUUGUAGAUCUAUGGGCUGUUGAUAACCAAUGCUGAUGCUAAUAUAGCCAAUGGAUUUAGGAAAUUUGAAAUUCAUAUUGGCGACAACUUGGACGGACAUGGUGUGACUAACCCAACGUAUGUUGAUAAAUUAACUAAACUAAGCUCAAUUAAAUUUAUUCAGUCUACUGCAUGGAAAGUUAUAUCGAUGUAUUUGUUCGUCCUAUAGUAUAGUCCAGUGAAACCAUCCCCUAUUGCUAUACACCUAGCGUAGCUCCAUAAUAAAAACUACAAAAGUAAACAAAAUGGCAUGAGCACAACUGCCAUGUUUAUAAACUAAGAGUUUCCAAGUUCGUGUGAUAAAGAAUGUAAAAGAAAAGGAAGAUACAAAACAGGCAACAGGAUAUGCUGCUGAAAUCAUUUAAGAAAAUUAUUUGAAUUUUAAACUGAGUUUUCACAUGCUGAAUAUCGAUCUUUUUUCGUCGCUAAUAACAAAACACUUUAACUAUAUAUAACAAAAUUAUACUAUUCUUUCGUCGCCAUAUAACAAAACACUUCUGUUCUCUCGGGAAAUAGUUUUGUCUUCCCUCGAAUCUAAUUGUGAUUCAACCAUUAAGAGCGAUGAGGAGUCAAAAGUUAGUUUUAUUUCUUGUUAAUUGAAUCGCUCAAAAUGUAAAAUAUCAGAUCUGUUUUAGACAUCGAAUUUCCGAGGAAUGCGAUUCGUUAAAUUUGAUAAUUCUCAGUCAAUGGUUUAUUCCAGAUACAUGAUAGGAGAGAAUUUGAUGAAUGUUUGGUUUUCAAUAUUUGACGCAGCAUACUAAUUAACGUUCUCGAAGUAACAAUGAUUAGUUACAAGUAAAUAUAUUUACACUUGCGCUAAAAAGUUUUCUUUUCUUCCAGUUGUGGUAAUUUUCAUUCUAUACGUCGAGGUCAAACCAGAGCAUUCUAUUGUGAUCCGCCAUUGGUUGGACAGUACAUUACAAUUAACGUUUUUGCGACCAAUCAAGUAUUAGCAAUAUGUGAAAUAGCAGUAUAUGACUCUGAGUUAACAAGUAAGUUACUUAAAAAUGUGCCGUAUAGACCUUAUUCAUAAAUCGUGAUCGAGGCCUCGUAUCCUAGGAUACGGAGCGAAAUUCGGGAAAACAAGCGAACAAUGCUUGAAAAGCCAAAUUCAGAUGGUAUUUUGUGUUGACUUUAACGGCUUGUUUCUUGUUGCUUAUUUCGAUUUAUAACGAUUUUGUGUGUAUUUUAAGAUUUUGUGCCCACAACGAAAGCUGUAAACGAGAACAGGUGGGAAAAUUGACUGAGCAUGCGCGAAAACCGCUCGGGUUUUUAGCGGGAGAAGAAGUAUGCGUGCUUCCACUUGGUUGAUUUAAAAAACAUAAACAACAUGAACGAAGCCUUCGAAAGACAAUUUUACAGCGGCUGUUUAGGCUCACAAAUCACCACAAAAAUUGGAUUCACUGACAAAACAUGUUGCAGUAAUACUUUGAUUUCCUAUAUUACCACCUAUUUUACAAUGGAAACUAUUAAUAUCGAUUAUUUCAGUGCAAAAGAAAACAGAGCAAAAAAUUGUUUUUAAAAUGUCGUCUGAUAGCUUGAAUAAAAUGCGAAAUUCAAACCAAAAAUAAUAAAACUUCUUCAUUUUUUACAAAGUCAAGAGAUUUAAUACCGACUUAAAAAUGCUUUGAAAUUUAAUGUAAAACAGCGAUAUUUCGUUGGCACAACCUGUAACGUGUUUAUAGGAUUUUGAACGAGCGAAAAUUGUGUUUAAAAAUAAUACAAAGUUUGCGCUUCGAAAUAAUAUUUUAAAACUAUUAUAGCACAAUACAUGGCAAAAUGUUUAUUCUUAUGCUCAUUUUCUGAGUCGCCUUUUCACACUUGCACAUGAAAUUUGCCAAAAUUCAGUACUUUCUUCAAUUUUUAGGCGAGUUUUCAUUCUAUUAACAAAAACUAGAAAGAAAAGCACAUGUUCUGACCUAAUCACAUUUCAUUGGCACAACCUGUAUAUAUGAGAAAAUUAAGGUGAAAAACAAGCAAUUUUAGCAAAAUACCUCGCAUACUGAAAUUUGACGAUGAUCGUUGGCGCCCAAAUAUUUAUACUUUGUCGUGGACAACAAACGCACCAGGUGAUCUUGAUUCGCGGAAAAGUACUGGCACUAGUUGUCAAAUAGAAAUCCAUUUUAUGAUUAAAACAACUGAAUAUCUCCUGUAACAUACUUUAUUUCGAUUCCAAAUUUUUGCCAGAGCUAUAGUUCUCAUAACCAAACAUAAUUACAAAAUUUCAACUAGUUUCAUAAAGAAUAACGAAAGAUAUAAUUGACUGAAUACAUCAAAAUGGAUUUCUAUUCGGACAACCCUUUCUGAGCGCUGAUUGGCUAAAAUACGAACACAAGAUCACCUGGCAUGUACUGCAAAUUUCAAGUAAUAUUCCAUCAAUAUUAAGUCCAUGCUCGAGGUUAUUUGCCAUAGAAAACACACAUUUUGCAAGAAACGUCAUUUUCGACCAUGUUUAAGCGAAGAAUUCUUGACUGCUAAUUUCCCGAUUGCGACAAGUAUAUAAUUGUGUUCUUGAUUAACGUUUAUUAACGUUUACGACUGCUAGCUUUCUUUUGUUUUCCCUCUGCUGCAGUACGAGAAACAUGGUAGCGAAAUCUGUGUUUUUGUUGUUUUCACAAUUUUUGCUGGCAAAAAGAAAGCAUCCGCGAUAAAUUUGGUCAGCGACGACAAUUUUCCCACCUGUUGUAAACGAGUAUAUUAUAAAAACAAUCGGUUUUUCUCCCGUUUUUUGUGUGGAAAAUAUAAAACGUAGCGAUGGACAGUGUUUAUCCCGCAGCAAAAACAGUAUUUUACUGAGAUUUUAACGUCAAUAUAGGUUAUUCCGUGAAAAAUCAAGACAACUAAAGUCAACUAUGGAAUGAAAGUAUAAUUUGUGGAAUUUGACAUUAAUAUAAAAGAAAACAAAAGGUCAAAAAUCACAAGAGAAUGUCAAAUGUUUAUAUUGAUUCGCACGAAAAAAUAUGAACUAUGUAUGUCUGUGGCUGGAUGACAUUAGCGAGCUUAAGAUGCAUCUCUGAAAUCUACGACGCGGACGUGAAGAAAAACUAUAACUAUUCCCACAAUUUCACUACACGGAUAAAAAUUAUGGCCUCCAGUUGGUAAACAAAGUCAGAGACACAAGUGAAGCAAAAUAAAACUGGAUUCCAAACAUUAGCAACGGUUUUUAUGUCGCAUCCGCGUCGUAGAUUUGGUACGUGCAUCUUAAGCCAGAUCUUAAGCAGGUUUUCCACUUCAAGCGUACCGAAACGUAUCAAAAACGUUUUUAAAUUUCAAAAUUUCGUGAAUGUUGAUUGGUUAGUACUUACAUCAGUUACAUGGUACACCAAAACGUUGACUUGCGACGAACUUUUUAUUUUGAUACGCGAAUACACCCGGAAGUACGUGAUUUAUAAACCUCUUUUCAAUCUGCAUGCGCAUGCUCACCAGUACGUUUCGGUACGAUACGGGCGAAGUGGAAAACCGGCUUUAAGCUCGCUAUUCUUCAAGCAGCGUACAAGUUUAAAAAAUGAAUGCUACAUUACCUGAGUGAGUUGUAAUCUUAUUUCGUCAACAAUAGUUUCAUAUUUCUUACGAUUUUGGUGUUGUGGACGCUUUUGUAGUUUUGUUGGUUGUUUGUUUUUGCCAUACAAGGUACGACAAUAGUACAAAGGUUUCCUUUUCCGAUUGACUCCAAACAUCUUUUACGUUAAAUAUCAUGUUAUAUUUUCUCCGAAGUAUUAUUUCAACUUUCAAGCUCAGUUUUAUAGAUAAUAUUUUCGAAAAAAGCCGUAAUAUUUUCGGGAAAAUGCUGCCAUAGCCGACAGCAAAAAAAACAUUUUGUCAAUUUUCCCGCGUUUAUUUAUCACGAUUUAUGAAUAAGGUCUAUUGUAAUGACAAUUCUAUGUCUUAAUAUGGAAACACUAUAAUGACUUUUCUAGUUUCUAAAAAAAUCGAACCAUUGGAUAAAUGGGUUAUAAACUUUUCGGUUUUGUUUCAAUUGAUGUACUGCGGUGAAUAAUCCAAACUAUACUAGUUCAGGAUAAAUACGCCAACUUAUUGUCCGGGGUAUAUAAUAGCUAUAUAUACUAUUACCAUACAUCUAUAAUAACAUUAUAAACAAAUAAUUAUUCUGUAUGAUUGUAGUUUAAUUGUUAUGGAGUUGUUGUUCAAAGUAAAAUCAUACAAUUAUAGUCAUUAUUAUAAUCAUUUAAUUAGUCAUUUAAUUAUAAUUACUUAAAAGUAUAGUCAUUUGAAAUAAUAAUUCUAUCUGAUAACAUUCUUUAGGUUACCGUAUUAAAGGUGUGAAGCUUGAUAUCUGGUACAAUAUACCAACCAAAUAUAUUCAACAACUGUAUAAUGACCCCCGUUAUCCUGAAAAUCCUGAUCUUACCUCCAAGCUUGGAACAUUUGAUUAUCUAAAUCGAGGCGAUGAGUAUGGAGGUCGUUUGUCAGCAGUGUAUCAGGUAAGUCGGCUCUUUGCCUAACGCUUAAACUUUGGGGACGUCAAAACUACUAGUGACUGCAUUGAUGGUAUGGGAACAGUGAAAAUUAAGAAAGUGAAAUGUUCUGAUCACUAAAUUGUGGCACGUUAUCAUGUGAUAUGUGUUCCGCAAAGUACCGUUCGUAGAUGCUCGUACCGUUCUAAUGAUGCAAUCUGCACUUUUUAAUUUAAUUAAGCGCUGAACUGAUUAGUUUGGUAUAUACAGUAUAGCAAUCUAUAAACAUUGCCUUCGCGGACGUUUCGUACAUGGUACCAAGGAUGGUACGUAAGACAUGUUAUAAGCUCUAUGCAUUUGAGGUACUAGUAUAUAUAUACUGGUUUGUGUUCAUAAUUAUACUGCAUGUGUAGAUAUUAAUUAAGUGCUAUUUUAUUUUCUUAAAGCCAACAAUAAGUGGUAACUACACAUUUUAUGUUGCUUGUACUGACGAGUGUGACGUUUUCCUACGAGAUGGAGAAAGUGGUGGUACACUUCAAAAGAUCAUUUCUUUAAAGAAAGCAACAAAAUAUCAAGAUUGGAAGUAAGCUAAUUAAAACUUACCGUUUCUUUAAUAAAUAUUGCUUUACGAAUCACUAAUCAGAUGCGUUUCAGAUAGAUCCGAUUGACCAGUCAGAUGGAAUACUAAUGGUAUAGCAGUAGUUGAAUUCAAAUCUGAAUCUCACUUAUAAUACAACUCGAUAGUACGCGUACAAAAGUGAAGGAAGUUAAUUAAAAUUGACCAAAAGAGGCCGGCUCAAUUUUGUAUGUGCGUGACAUCUGAGUUCACAAAAAUGUCGUAACGCUUCAAAAUUUUUAAAAAUGACUCGACAUGAUAAAUUCGUUUUGUCUCUUCGGUAAUGUAGUUAGUAUACAGACCUGUAAAAAUGUUAGCAAACACUUUAGCGCUUCUUUUUUUUUCAUCAAGCACGUAAUCAAGGUAAUAAAAUGAAGCUGCAGCCUAAAGUAAGGUUGAUCAUCAUUUGUAAUUUUAAAGCAGCUGAAUCUAUACUCAUUUAGUGCUUCUGCUGACCAGAAAUCUCUACCAAUUCAUUUGGAAAAAAGAAACCUCUACGAGCUGGUAGCAACAUUAAAGGAAAAAGGGGGAAGGGAUUAUAUCACAGUGGCCGUAGAGUUGCCAAAUAGGGAGUUUCUAGCACCUAUACCAGCUGAACGACUUUUUAUUGGUAAGUUAUUUCAUAUUUAUACGCUACAUGUUUGUUGUGAGUGUGUAAACAGGUGCUGGUUAAUCAAAUUUGUGCACGAGUUAACGUGUUGGCACGUUGUAAUAAUCUGAGAUGUGAGGAUAUGUGAAACUUGCUGAUAAUAUCCGGCGAACCACCAUAAGCUUUGAGUUUAAUUAAUGAAUAAACUAACCUUUUACUUGUAUGCAAAUCAACCUUGUAACAACAUCGUGAAAAUACAAUGCAAUAUGGCGUGGCUAAGACCCCUGCGGUUAUACGAUACCGGAUUCGCUUGUCACGACAUCGAAUUUAACGGUUUCAGGAAUAUCUUAAAACUUAAAAUUGCGAAAAUAAUAAACUAAAACGAAAACUGCUAAAAGGGGAAUUUUUGUGAGCAGAUAUUACUCCUGAAUGACAUAUAAUUAUAUGUUGAUGUUAUAAUGUUGAUCCGGUACGUGUGAGGUCUGUUUCAAACGUCGCGCUUCUCAUGUGCCGAACGCAUUAGAAACAAUAGAUAAUGAGGCAUUUCAACUGAUUAUCUAUUGAAUGUUGCAUUUAAUGUGUUCGGCACAUGAGAAGCGCGACGUUUGAAACAGGCCUAAACUGGGGCCUAAAGGUUCAAAGUUAGUUAUUGCAAAAUCGAAGAAUGGCAAUAUUCUGAUUUUCUAGACACGAAAGAAGAAAGCAUUGAAGUAACGGCAUGAAAAAUCCAAAUCAACUCCAAAUCUUGUAUGCGCUGGCACGUUCCACUUACACAUCAAUUUUGGGCUGAAUUUUUAGUAUAAGUAUACUUAAUGGUUUAAGCACGAUAUUAGGUCAGUAGUAUAUUCGUUGUAUUCUUACAUUUCUUGAAAUAAAAC